UUUUAUUUAAUCUGUGAUUAUAGUGUUUAUCAGUGUUUUGAUGUAUUCUUUUAUCUAUGAUGACCACGAUUUAAGAUAAGUAUAUCUUAAAUCGUGAUGAUGACACGAACUUUACUAUGAUCAUAGAAUACUAGUAUUCUAUGCUAUGAUUAUAGUUCGUGCUAAUAACUUAGAACGGAUAUCUAGGGACGCUUAAUCGGCUGAUAACAGAUAUUUAACCGGCCAUAUUCGGCUGUGUUUAACUGCGUUGGUGAAAUCGGCCCUGAAAGUAUAACUGACUUGGCUACCUAUAUCCAUUGUAUCACGAUAAAGUAAACUCAGUUUUUUUUAACUUUACACGCAUUAUAUAUUUGAAUAUGACCUUAGAAGCAGACACUAAACUGUACGUCUGUACCUAUGUUUUUCGUAAAGUUCUAUUAACAAAGUUUUCCGGCAUCCAGUUAGACACAUACGUUUAAUCUCGCCUACCUUGUAUACUCGUCAGGCGUUCUAGUGUUCGGCGAUUUUUAUAACUUGUUUAGUUUAAUCAUUUUUCAACUCUGAACUACACAUUGCGAAAAGAAGAAAUGGAAACAUUGCCGUCAGAAAUCAUCACUCAAAUACUGGAAUACUUGCCAUUUGAUGAUCGACGAGAACUGGCUAGGGUCAAUAAAAUGUUUUAUCAUGCUUCAUCUCACCCAGUAUUCUUAAGAAAAGAGUUACUUAAUUAUAAGGCAAAUGAAAUCAAUUUGAAUAACUUUAACAAUUUCAAAAACAUGUUGUUGAAAUCAAGAAGAAAAUUGUUAUGUUUGAAAUUUGUUUGUUUAACUUGUAUAGACGAUUUAACCAUUUUCACAAACUUGGGGAAUCACAUUAUAUCACUAAAUUUUACUAAUUUAUAUUUGCUAAAAGAUUCAUUUCUAGAUGCUAUUACACAAUGCUGUAGUAAUCUCGAAAAGUUAGAACUUACAAAUGUGGAGAAUUUGAUUUUAACUGAUAACGACCGUAAACCAAUACUCAAAUUGUGCAGUAUAACUUUAAAUAGGAUUCAAAUAUCUGAUAGAGAGUUUAAUCUAAUUUUGAAACUUGUUCCAAAUUUAAAGGAUUUAAGUAUUAUUGAUUGUAGUUUAGUUGGCAAAUAUCCAGUCAUAAAAAGAUUUUAUCCCCACAACAGUAAUUAUAUUGAUUGUUCAUUUACCAAGUACAAUUCAAAUUAUGUUUUUUCGGACGUUAACAUUGUACACCAUUUAAAUAAUUUUGUUCGCUUAAAUAGUCUUAGGUUAAAUAGAAGUAUUAAUAUAUUUUAUCAGAUUCAACCCAUACAACUUGAAAUUAAAUCAUUGUCGUUGAAUCUUUUUGAAACAAAUUUCUGUCAUCCCAUCGACUAUGAAAAGUUAAAUUCAAUAUUAGGUCAAUAUGUAUUUUUAGAACAAUUAGAAAUUUUUAGAUUGCCUGUUAGUAUGUUACCAAUUUUAUCUAAACUAUAUAAUCUUCGACACUUAACAUUAAGUUAUACUGUUAAUGAUUCGAACUACGCUGAUUCUGGUAAAUACCUUAAAUCAUUUGUCGAAUCGUUAAAAAAUAUGAAAUAUAUCAGGACAUUAUCAUUUAAUAGUGCUAUUGAUUGGAUUAAUCAUCUUGAACUUCCAAUAUAUCCGUUUCUGGAAUGCACGCUGAAGUCUCUUACAUCAUUAGACUGUUCUCUUGAUUCAAAUCUAGGAGUACUAAAAUUUGGUAAAAAUUUAACAAAUUUACGAAUAAGAAAUGGUGGUAUUCUUAAAGUUGAAGAUUUACAACUAUUAUUCAGAAAUUUGACUAAUUUAAAGCAUUUGUGGAUUGACAAUUGUUCUGUAUUAAAUGAUGAAAUUUUCAUUAAAUUGCCAAUAUCUAAUCUGAAAGAAUUGAUUACUUUAAGGAUAAAACCAUCAAAUAUUUCACACCAAUGCUUGCGACACAUUACAAAUUCAAGAUUAAAAGUUUUGGCCCUCAGUGAUAUGUCAUUAGAACCGUGUUCAACACAGGCAGAAUUAAAUGAAUUAAUAAAUAGUGCAGAAAUUUUGAGUCGUGCUGUUCCAAAGUUAACUGAACUUAAUAUCCGUGCACAUUGCAGAAGUUUGAAGAAAAUUGAAUCAUUAGGAAAUUUAUCUUAUUUUAAGAGAAGUUUUACUAUAUCACUGAUGACAUAUUUUGAGAAGCUGAAGAUUUUGGAUCUUUGUGCAAGUUUGACAGUAUAGAACUGUAGAAGCUAUUUGUACUGAAGUUCAACAAUUCGUUCAAAGCGGUGCAAACUAGUAGGUACGAUCGCCACCGCGGAGCAUCACGGCAGAUAAGUAUACUACGGCUGUGUCCACUGACAUCCACGCAUCCACCUACCGCUGGUCACUCAUCAGUAUUCGGUUACUUAGUAACUGUUACUAUAGUCGACACUCGGCAGUGCACUCAAGUCGACCGCCUCAACUCUCAAGGACGAUGUCCGGUCGGCGGUACGGCGCGCCGAAGCAACGGUCGAUACACCGAUCCAUGGACGAGUAUACUAUAAUGUCUAAUACUCGCCGCCGCCACUAGUCAUCGCAUCGUUCCGUGCCGUCACUCGUGAUUCGUCGCGUACUCGCGUUUAUCAAUCAAUACUCUGCGUCGCUGCUCAUACCACAGUCCGCACAGCGCACACCGUUCGGCUUUCCGCGUUUCGCUGUCCCUCCGUCGGCCGUCUUGCACAU